AUGGGUUCGGGCGUGAAUGACUUCCGGCAGGGUCGCUGGCCCGACUCCACCGCCUCGGGCCGCGCCGGCCCGGGGCCGGAGCUGCGGCAAGUCAGCGAGUUCGGGCGCGCCAAGCUCUCCUGCCCGCGGCUGAAGCGCGACGGCGCCCAGCUGCGGCGCACAGCACAGCUCCGCUGGUUCCGCAACGGCCGGCCGCUGCUGCAGGCGGCCGCCGCCGAGCCCGGGCCCGUCUUCGUGCCCAGCGACCGCCGCAUCCGACUGCGCUCCAACAAGCUGCGUAUUCUGGACGUGCAGCUGGGGGAUGCCGGCUCGUACAGCUGCCUGCUCUCGGUCGCGGGCGGACCGCCCCGCUGGAGCAACUACACGCUCAUCGUCUCCGAGAACCUCUACAGCAGCGACCUGCCCGAGGUCGACAGCCAGUACGGCGAGUACGUCGACUACGACGAGAAGCCACCGCCGCCCCGGCUGGGCAAGCUCAAGGUGGUGCCGCUGGGCGAUGCGCUGACGCUGCACUGCGGGAUCAGAGGUAACCCGCUGCCGGUGGUGCGCUGGCUGUACAACGGCAAGCCCGUCUCGGAGAGCGUGCACACGGCCAACAUGGUGGAGGUGCGCCAGUUCUCGCUGCGCCUGCCGCAAGUGCGCCAGUACGACAACGGCGAGUACACGUGCGUCGGCGAGAACCCGCUCGGCCAGGUCAACCACACCUUCCACGUGGAGGCCAACAUGGUGCCGCCGGCUGACCGGCGCACGAGCACGGAGCACCAGCCGCACCGCCGCCGCCCGCGCCGCCGCUAA